GUAAAAAAACUAAAAAGUGCAUCCAAGAGGAGUUUUGCUUUCUGGCUUCGACAGCUGCUGUGCUCGAAGUCAUGCGUACAUUGGACGCUUAUCUUCUACACCGACGGUGGGAAUCACUUCGCGAAACCACAUUCUCCGACCACCCUCCGCCUUCAACAACCUCCCUCUCGCUGCCUGUCUAAGCAUGGGUAGUACUAUCAAAGAGGACCAAUGUAUGCCUGAUGAAAAACUGGAACAACAUACAAAUCAUUACAACAAGGAAAUCAUGGCAGGUAGUGAGCUAUGGACAGAUGGACUCUUAUGUGCUUUUGAAUACGUGAAGGGUCAAAGAAGAUCAGAAAAGUCAAAAUCACACACAAAACCCCAACCAGCUCAUAAACCAAACAGCCAUAAAAUAAUGACCAAAUCAUCUCUUCAAGAACUUGAUGAUGGUUAUUCAUCAGAACCCACACCUCUUACAGAAAUCUGGAAUGAAAAUAUCCAGCAUUGGAUCCCAAUUGGUUGGGCAAGAAUAUCUGAACUUGUUGAAACAGUGCAAAUCAAUGAUGACUGGACCUCACAGCAGUAUGAUUUCACGGAUGAUGAAGAUGAUCGCACAACUGCAGAUUUAGCUGCCCCCUAUUGGGAGCGGCCAGCUGGACCUAUAUGGUGGUGCCACGUGGAUGCAAGCCACCCACACAUUAGUUCCUGGCUUACUAAUGCUUCAUGGUUGCAUCCUGCAAUAAGUAUUGCUUUGAGAGAUGAAAGCCGGCUUAUAAGUGAAAGGAUGAAACACCUUUUAUAUGAGGUCCCAGUUAGGGUUGCUGGAGGUUUAUUGUUUGAACUUUUGGGUCAAUCUUUUGGUGACCCGUAUAUUAAGGAAGAUGAUGUACCAGUUGUGCUUCGUUCAUGGCAAGCUCAAAACUUUUUAGUCACUGCAUUGCAUCAAAAAGGAGUUACAUCAUUCUUAAAUGUUUUGGGUGUCAUAGAAGUUCAGGAACUUCUUUUUGGUGGUGGUAAUAAUAUACCAAGGACAAUACAUGAGGUGAUAGCACUUUUAGCCAGCCGGCUUGCACGAUGGGAUGACAGAUUAUUUCGGAAGUCUAUAUUUGGGGAAGCUGAUGAAGUGGAACUGAAGUUCAUUAAUAAGAGAAACAAUGAAGAUUUGGAUCUUUUCAUUAUAAUCCUUAACCAAGAAAUCAGAAGGCUAUCACAAGAGGUUAUUAGAGUCAAAUGGUCAUUACAUGCAAGGGAAGAAAUUGUGUUUGAACUUGUUCAACAUCUGAGAGGAAACACAACCAAAAUGUUGCUUGAGGGCAUAAGAAAAAGCACAAGGGAGAUGCUUGAAGAGCAAGAAGCAGUUCGUGGUCGCAUUUUUACAGUUCAAGAUGUCAUGCAGAGCACCAAACGAGCCUGGUUGCAGGAUAGAAGCACAAGGGUGACACAUAAUUUAGCUGUGUUUGGUGGGUGUGGGCUAGUUUUGUCAAUCAUCACGGGAUUAUUUGGGAUCAAUGUUGAUGGAAUCCCUGGAAGCGAAAAUACACCAUAUGCAUUUGGUCUAUUUUCAGGAAUGAUGUUCUUGAUAGGGAUCAUCUUAAUUGCAGUUGGGUUGAUAUAUUUUGGACUUAAACAGCCAAUCACUGAAGAACAGGUUCAAGUAAGAAAACUGGAGUUGCAAGAACUUGUCAACAUGUUUCAGCAUGAUGCAGAGACUCAUGCUCAGGUUCGUAAACAUGAAUCUAGGAACAAUCGUACCAUAAAGGAUGCAAAUUAUAUUGUUAUUAAUUAGCAAAUUUAAAACAUAAAUAUCUGUUAUUGUGGUAUAAAAAGCAAAUUAAUAACAUCUGGAAAAUGUAUACGUAUACGGCAUGAAUUGAUAGUUGGUGUAGAAGUAUAUGUUUUUUCUUACAAUGGAAAUAAGUUGUUUCAACAAAAUUUUGUAAUCUUGGCAUUUCCUUUAUUGGAUAAAUAUAGUGUUGUCAUGAUAGAACCUCUUAUAA